AUGAUUCUCGCCACUCCGGACAUGUCCCUGGAGGGGCCCCUGGGAGCACGCGUCGUGCUCCCUGAGAGGGGGAAGGCGGGCUAUAGGUUUCGGGGGUGCGUGGACGUGGCGUGGAUCUCGCACCCUGCACGGUCAGGGCCGCGCCCCCAGCUGACCACUCAUGAGGCUGUCUUGCUCGAGUGCCCGAGGUCCGUCGCGCUGGACUCCAGCCGGCUCUCCCCGAGGUGGGCGCUCGGCGUUCCGCGGCCGACGCCCGGCGUUUGCUCUUUCAAGAAGUCCCCGCCCGCCCUGGCCCUGCUCGUGGGCAGGGCCAU